AUGCUGGCCUUCGAGCCCGCCCGCAGGCCCCGCCCCCACCACGCCCCCCGCCGCAAUAAACCACGGGUGGGACUGGUGCUCCCGGGGUCUUUAUUGGGGGUACCGGUGGUCCUGGGGUGUUCAUUGGGGGGUCCUGGGGGGUUUAUUGGGGUCCUGUGCAGGGUUUGGGGGGCUCUUGGUGGUCCUGGGGUGUUCACUGGGGUCCUGUGGGGGGUUCUUGGUGGUCCUGGGGUGUUCAUUGGGGGGUCCUGGGGUGUUUAUUGGGGUCCUGUGGGGGGUUCCUGGUGGUCCUGUGCAGGGUUUGGGGGUCUCCUGGUGGUCCUGUGGGGGGUUUGGGGGGUUCUUGGUGGUCCUGUGCAGGGUUUGGGGGUCUCCUGGCGGUCCUGUGGGGGGUUUGGGGGGUCUCCUGGUGGUCCUGGGGUGUUCACUGGGGUCCUGUGGGGGUUUCUUGGUGGUCCUGGGGGGUACCAGGGGUCCUGUGGGGGGUUUGGGGGUCUCCUGGUGGUCCUGUGUGGGAUUUGGGGGGUCCUGGAGUGUUUAUUGGGGUUUUAUGGGGGGUCCAGGUGGUCCUGUGCAGUGUUUGGGGGCUCUUGGUGGUCCUGGGGUGUUCAUUGGGGUCCUGUGGAGGGUUUAUUGGGGGGUUCCUGGUGGUCCUGUGGUGUUUUCUGGGGUCCUUUGUGGGGUUCUUGGUGGUCCUGGGGUGCUUAUUGGGGUCCUGUGGGGGGUUUGGGGGGUUCCUGGUGGUCCUGUGGGGGGGUUGGGGGUCUCCUGGUGGUCCUGGGGUGUUCAUUGGGGUCCUGUGGGGGGUUUGGGGGUCUCCUGGCGGUCCUGUGGGGGGUUUGGGGGGCUCUUGGUGGUCCUGGGGUGUUCAUUGGGGUCCUGUGGGGGGUUUGGGGGUUCCUUGUAGAUCCCGGGGGGGCUCCAGGGGGCUCCAGGGGGGUCCUGUGAGUGUUCAGUGUGGUCCUAGGAGCUCCUGGGGGAGUCAGAGCUGUUUUGGGGUCCUGAAAGGCAUCGUGGUCCUAAAGGUCCUGGAGGUGCUGUGGUGUGCCGGGGGUGUUCUGGGGGGGUCCUGGAGGUGUCAGGUGUGCUCCUGGGGGUGUCAGGUGUGGUCCUGGAGCUGUUCUGGGGGUGUUCUGGGGGUCCUGGGGGUGUAGGGUGUGGUCCUGGAGGUGUGAGGUGUGGUCCUGGAGGUGUUCUGGGGGUCCCGGGGGUGUCAGGUGUGGUCCUGGAGGUGUUCUGGGGGUCCCAGGGGUGCUUCAGGUGAUCCUGGGGGUGUUCUGGGGGUCCCAGGGCCGUUCCGGGAGGGUCUG